AUGGCGCGGGCGGCGGGCGGGCUGUGGUGCCCGAGGCCGGGGCUGCGGCUGGGGCUGCUGCUGCUGCUGCUGCUGCUGCUGCUGCUGGCCGGCGGGGCGGCAGCGGGAGCCGAGCCGUGCCAGGCACCGCGGCAGUGGGAAGGACGCACUGUGUUCUAUGACCACAGCACGGGCCGCAACACCCGCGCCCUCGUCUCCUACGACGGCCCCAACCAGCGCCUCCGCAUCCUGGAGGAAAGGAAGGCCCUCAUUCCCUGCAAGAAAUUCUUUGAAUACAUUUUGCUCUACAAAGAUGAAGUGAUGUUUCAGAUUGAACAAGUCACAAAGCUCUGCUCAAAGACUGCUCUGACAGAGCCAUGGGAUCCAUACAAUAUUCCUGCCAAUUCAACUUAUGAAGAUCAAUACUACAUUGGGGGACCUGGAGAUCAAAUCAUGGUACAGGAAUGGUCUGACAGAAAACCAGCCAGGAAAUUGGAGUCCUGGGUGGGUGUUUACACAGUCAAGGACUGCUACCCAGUACAGGAGACCUACACGAAGAACUCCAGCGUGACCACCUCCACUCGCUUCUUUGACUUGCAGCUGGGCAUUGCUGACCCCUCCAUCUUCACCCCACCCAGCACCUGCCAGACAGCCCAGCUGAGGAGGAUGGAAGAUGAAUGCUGA